UGGGAGACGACACGGCACAAGAAAGCUCCUGCUGAUUGGGGCAUCAUUAAAGUGGGUACCAUUAUGAAGAAAGCUUCAUAACAAAAGACUAUUACUGUGUUAACUUUCAAUAGCUUAGAGUCCUCAAGGGUAAAGUCCAUGGUUUCGAGGUCGAUACAGUUUGCUUCAGUGGAAAGCAUGCUCCAGCAGUCACCGCCGAGGGCACCUUCCUUGGCGGCAGCCACCCAGACGCAAAUACAGCAGUGAGUAAAUACGUCACUAAAUUAGUUCAAUUUGACACCCAACUCCUUCCAGUGGGAAGAAAUCCUCCCAAUGCAGAAGUUUGGCCCUUUCCAGAGACACAUCUGGAAGCUAAGCUCUCCCACUGCCAAAGCCUAUUCGCAUGUCCGGCUCCAUGUUUCCCAAUGGAGGUAAGGUCAUGACAGGUUCUGCCACAAAAAAUGCCGGAGUACUAAUAUGCUGUUAGGAAUUGCCUACUUCCGCUUGUUUGGAACUACAGUCCCCCUGUUACCCAGAGAUCCGGACGCGAUUAUUGACCCUGCUCAGGUCUCCUCUGGCGGUCUGGCAAUCACCUACGGCGACCAAAACCUUGGAAAAAAAGCGGCCAAUCUGUUACUUCUCGGAAGAGGUAAGGAAUGCAGGAAAUGGUCGGGAAACCAAUCGCAGCCAUAAGCCAGGCUAUGUCGACUUGGUUAUCCUCAAGCUUGUUCGCCUUUCCCUUGGACCAGCCCAAGCUCCUUAGUUAUAUUAACAUGUUUUCACUACAAAGGGGCCCCGGGAUACAUUGAAGAGGUUAUAGUUGACGCCCUCCACUUCCGUGGGAACUAUUCGCAAGCCAUUGAGAUCUACGCUAUCAAUUCCUCUGGCCAACGUAUCGCGGAAAUGGCAGUGGAUAGGAACUUAUCGUUCCUGCACACUCUUGUGGGGCGGAUAACGAACCUGCACUCCAGUCCACCCUCUUCCAGAACAUUAAAGGAAGAGCGGUUACUCAUGUUAAAAUGGUCAUCAUCCCCGGCGGAGGGGUGAAGCGCCUGAGAGUCUCCAGGAAGCGU